UUCCUUGCCUCCUCUUGCGGGAUCCAAUGGUCUGGACUUUUUCACCCCAGCCCUUUGGUAGGGAUCUCACGUCAUCUGUCUCCGGGCAGACCUGCACCACACAGGUUGGCGCAGGAGUGCGAAGCCGCAAGGAGCGGACCAGGGCGCCCCCUGGCGGGCGUGGCGAAGGGGCGGGGCUGUAAGGCAGCUCACCCCGUGCUGUCCCAGGUCGGAAACCAGUGCCCAAGGCAGCGAGGAGCGUGGCACCGGGAUGCUGCGGGCUGGAGGACCUACUGGGGACUUACCCCGGGCCGGAGAAGUCCACACUGGGACAACCAUCAUGGCAGUGGAGUUUGAUGGGGGCGUCGUGGUGGGAUCUGACUCCCGGGUGUCUGCAGGAGAGGCGGUGGUAAACCGAGUGUUUGACAAGCUGUCCCCCCUGCAUCAUCGAAUCUACUGUGCGCUCUCUGGCUCAGCCGCUGAUGCUCAGGCCAUAGCGGACAUGGCUGCCUACCAGCUGGAGCUCCAUGGAAUGGAACUGGAAGAACCUCCACUUGUUCUGGCUGCUGCAAACGUGGUGAGGAACAUCAGCUAUAAAUAUCGGGAGGACCUAUCUGCACAUCUCAUGGUAGCCGGCUGGGACCAACGUGAAGGGGGCCAGGUAUAUGGAACCAUGGGAGGAAUGCUGAUUCGACAGCCCUUUGCCAUCGGUGGCUCUGGAAGCACCUACAUCUACGGUUAUGUGGACGCGGCGUAUAAGCCAGGCAUGUCCCCUGAGGAGUGCAGGCGCUUCACCACAAAUGCUAUUGCUCUGGCCAUGAACCGGGAUGGCUCUAGCGGGGGUGUCAUCUAUCUGGUCACCAUUACAGCUGCUGGUGUGGACCAUCGAGUAAUCUUGGGCAAUGAGCUGCCAAAAUUCUAUGACGAGUGACUCUUCCUCAGACCUCCCUGCUGUAUUUUGUAAUAAACGUUCUGGGCCCGGAA